AUGGACUACGACGACACUUUAAUUCGUUCGAGAAUAACGGGUUUAUCCCAUAUAGCUAGGAGAAAUUCUACGAGCGACACGUCAACAGGAGGUACCAGUCAUGACUACGUCCCCAUCAUUGUUAUGACCGUCAUUGUCGUGGCGAUUGUUUUGGUACUCCUUAUCCUUGCUCAAUACACAAAGGUGCUUGAUCGUAAAAAGCCGGCCAACGGGUUUGAUGACCCAGAAAGUGCCCAGAAUGCCGGCAAAAUCGAGAAACUGAAUCAAAAGGCUCCAACUCAAUCCUUCAAGAGCUGGAAAGAGAAGAGCGAGGAAGCGACCGGUUCCGUUAAACAAAGCACUACUCAUGUCGUAUGUGCAAUAUGUUUAGAGACCCUACAAGAAGACGAUACGAUUCGCCUGCUAUCAUGCGCGCACAUUUUCCACUCUCUUUGUUUGGCAAAAUGGUUUUUGAAGAGGCAUAAUACUUGUCCGCUUUGUAAGGCGUGCUUCAUGUCUUCGUCGGAGAAAUCCUCGAUACCGUUACAGAUUCCGGAAAGAACACAUACCCGAUGA